AAAUGACAAUAAAACUAACAUACUGGUCUAUCCGAGCCUUGGGAGAGCCAAUCAGACACAUUCUCCGAUAUCAAAACGAGGACUGGGAAGACAAUGCUUUACAGCCGACUGCUGGAUCCUUUAGAGAGUAUGUUAGCAUGAGGGAUCAAGAGGACAUGCCAUUUGGGAACUUGCCCUUUAUCGAGGACGACGGGAAGAAGGUAACUCAGAGUAUUACGAUCAUGAGGUAUCUUGGUAGGAAGUUUGGGUUGUACCCGACUAGUGCAGAGGAGUUGGUUUUGUGUGAAGUUGUUGAGCAGGAAAUCUAUGAUCUACGCAAUAGAUUAACAGCUGCAUGCUAUGAUUAUUACGGCGCACGUGGACCUUUUCCAGCAUCUGAGAAGGGGGUCUUCGACCACGAGUUCAUGAAAAGAACUUUACUCCGGAGACUGAGAGAGAGGAUUCCAAAGUUCGAGAAGACUCUGACUAAGAAAUUUCUGCUGGGGGAUAAGCCUGUUUUAGUAGAGGCUCUUACGGGCAUUGUCUGCUCGAUACCCUCUACUAUUUAUGUGGACUUCCUUCUUUACGAAUAUCUGGAUCAACUGAGACAGUUUCUACCUGAGGCCUUCACAAGCUGCAACAAUGUCCUAAAUUAUUUGUUAAGAUUUAAGGAGUUACCAAAUCUGAGGGAGUGGUUUGAGAGUGAGGAAUAUAAGAAGGGGAAUUACAUUAAUGCCCCUCACGCUGAAUGGAAUGGGAUAGAUUAAAGCUUGGCAGAUUUUUGAGAGAACUGUGAUUUUACCAUUAAAUUAUAGUACAGUUUUUGUUUUGACUUUGAUUGAUAUGAUUGACAAGUUAUGAAACUUCUUCUUUAAGUGAAAAA